AUGGAAAUUAACAUCACAUCAAGAGAAACCAUUAAACCAUCAGUGCCAACUUCUACAAAAUGCAAAACCCUAAAAUUAUGCUUGUUUGAUGUCUUUCAACUCAACACCUAUUUUCCAUUGAUCCUCUUUUACAAAAAAACCACCAAGCUUGAAGGAUUCUCAGAUGUCUCAACUCAGUUGAAGAAAUCAUUAUCUGAUGCACUAACAAUUUUCUACCCUCUUGCUGGUAGAAGAUGUGAUUACUUUUCCAUUGAUUGCAACGAUGAAGGUGUAAUUUUCAUGGAAGCUUCAGUGAGCACUAACAUGGAAGUGUUCUUAAAACCACCCAAAUUAGAACUGCUAAACCAGUUACUUCCAUGUGAGCCUAACAAGUGCCAUCCUCAUGAAGAAGUGUUGCCCCAAUUACUUGUUCAAGUUAACAAAUUCGAAUGUGGAGGAAUAGCCAUUGGCUUGUGCAACCUCCACAUUCUCUUGGAUGCAUAUUCUUGCAGUGCCUUCUUGAAAACCUGGUUUGCAAUUUGCAAAGGGUCAAAGGAAGAAAUCUCAUGGCCAGAUUUCUCUUCUGCUGCUUCUUCCUUCCCUCCAAGAAAAACCACUGGUGUACGUGCUGGCAUGUUGAAUAUAAACAAGGACUCAAACAUAGAAGAAAACUGCACCACAAGAAGAUUCUUGUUUGAUCACAAAGCCAUCAAAGAGCUAAAAUCCAUGUCAACAUGUGAUGAAACAAAACCUACACGGUACCAGGUAGUAUCUUCAUUCAUAAGCAAACAUAUGAUUGUAGCAAUCAAAGAGGACAAAACAAGACCAAUGGUUGCAUUGCAUGUUGUGGACAUGAGAAAAAGAAUGGGGGAGCCUUUCUCAAAAGGUGUUGUUGGAAAUUUGUUAUGGCCUGCACUGGUUGUUCUGGAGGAUGUAAACAAGAACACUAAGAUAAUAGAUUUGGUUGAAAUUCUAAAAGAAGGACUUAGAAAACUAACUAAGGAUUUGUUUUUGAAAGUGCAGAAUGAUCCUUGUUUUUUGUGGAGUGAUGAGUGUGCAGAACUAAUGCUUGAAGGUAUUGCAGAAAAUAAACCAAUCUCAUUAGUAUUCACAAGUUGGGGUAAUAUGGGAUUCAAUGAAGUGGAUUUUGGUUGUGGAAAACCUUUGUGGCUAGCUCAAAGAGGAGGUACUAAAGAAAGUAUCCCAAAUACAGUAAUAUUGAUGGAAACAAGAGAGGGAAUAGAGGCAUGGAUCACAAUGCCAGAGAAACAUAUAAGUAUCUUGGAACAUGACGUGGAUUUCCUUCUAUUUGCAUUGCUUAAUCCUAAUAUUUUAAUCUAA